GGGAGGAGGAGCCAAACAUUAAAAGAGGAUGAGGAACACCUCGGAGCGAACUGACUAAAUACUGUACUGAAUCAAAGGUAUCACACCAAACAGAUAGCUACAAUUGUGUGGACUCAUCUAUCGUCAUUUUGUCCUCUGCAGAGAGAUGAUGAUGAUGACCUCACUCAGCUAGUGACCUGACCUCCCAGUCCCAGAGCGUCCUCAGCCAGGCAACCCAGCCGUGACAGAACCAGUCAUUGGACAGCACAAUAGUAUAAUAUAUAUGCCAUUUAGCACACGCUUUUAUUCAAAGCGACACAUCCGUGCAUACAUUUUACGUAUGGGUGGUCCCACAGUGACAGUGUUCAAUUUCUACUAGCAUCAUGGCUGCCAGCCAGCAGAAAGGCACUGCAGUGCUGGGAAAGAGAACAGAGCUCAGGGCCAAUGAAGUACAGAAGAAAUGCUCAUGGGCCUCUUAUAUGACCAACUCCCCCACUGUGAUUGUCAUGAUUGGUCUUCCUGCCAGAGGGAAAACCUACAUGUCCAAGAAGCUGACCCGCUACCUCAACUGGAUAGGAGUGCCAACCAAGGUGUUCAACCUGGGCGUCUACAGACGAGAGGCUGUAAAAGCCUACAAAUCAUAUGACUUCUUCAGACAUGACAACGAGGAGGCCAUGGAAAUCAGGAAGCGGUGUGCUCUGGUAGCUCUGCGGGAUGUCAAAGCUUAUCUGACUGAGGGGGGCCAGAUCGCUGUUUUUGAUGCCACAAACACCACCCGAGAGAGGAGAGAAUUAAUCCUUAGUUUUGCAAAGGAACAUGCUUACAAGGUGUUUUUUGUGGAGUCAUUGUGCGACGACCCUGAUGUCAUUGCUGCUAAUGUUAUGGAUGUGAAGGUAUCCAGUCCAGACUACCCAGAGAGACACAGAGAGAGUGUGAUGGAGGACUUCCUGAAGAGAAUAGAAUGUUAUAAAGUCACGUACCAACCAUUAGACCCAGAUGAAAAUGACAGCACUGUAGAGAUCACAAUGGAGCACACAGAGAAAUGCGCAGGGGAGUAUGGGAAGGGUGUGUGUGAGGAGAUGACCUAUGAUAUAAUUAAGAAAACCUACCCUGAGGAGUUUUCCUUGAGAGACCAGGACAAGUACCACUACCGCUACCCAGGGGGAGAGUCCUACCAGGACCUAGUGCAGAGGUUAGAGCCGGUCAUCAUGGAACUGGAGAGACAAGGCAACGUGCUGGUCAUCUGCCACCAGGCUGUCAUGCGAUGCCUGCUCGCUUACUUCCUGGAUAAGAGUGCAGAUGACCUGCCCUACUUGAAGUGUCCCCUCCACACAGUUCUAAAGCUCACCCCUGUGGCUUAUGGUUGCAAAGUGGACAUGUUUGACCUGAAAGUGAAGGCUGUGAACACUCACCGGGAUAGGACAUUAGAUAAAGUCCGUAAUGACGUCGUUCCUGCCACAUUCCUCCGGAGGAACAGUUUCACCCCGCUGUCCAGUCACGACCAGGUGAAGCGACCGCGCCUCUACAGUGCUGGCAACCUACCUCAAUCUCGACGGCCCCUGGCCCCCUUUCUACCCAGCAUGCAGUCCUUCGAGGACCCUGAAGGAGCAGAGUUGGCACAAAGCCAAGAGUCUCUCAACUGCUUCAGCCCAGGAGACGCAGAAGAUGCUGUCCACAGUUGAAGAGGACCGAGAAGGGUGUCUCCACUUCCUCACAUUUUCGCUGCCAUCAGAUCUGGGUUCAAAUACAAUUUAGAAAUCUUGUUAAAUACCUUGAGUGUUUGCUUUAGCUUACCUGGAGUGCCAGGUGGGUAGUGUUAGCACUUUGGGGACUUUUCCGCUGGUUCCAUUGCAACAUGCAAGCGCUAUAAAGCACAGCUAAAUUAUUUGAAAUUAUUUAAAAUAGUAUUUGAACCCAGGUGCUCUGCUCAGGCUUGCUUCAUACCCUGCCAGCCUUACCAAUUUGAUUGUCAAGCAGGAGUUCAAGCACACCGUCUUAGCAGCAAAUUAGGUAUGGAAUGUGUUAGUUGUAGUGGCCAGAAUUUGUUCUACAGUUCCAUUUCUGUUGCCAUCUGUUAGAUAGAUGGUGUGUGUGGGUGAAGAGCGAUAUGAUUUGAGACAAACAUGACCUUGCGCGCGCACACACUUAUCAACAGUCAACGUUUAAUUUAUUGUGAACAGAACUUUAGAAUGUUGAAUAGAGGACAUCCUUGAAAUGAUUUGUUUCAGUAGAUUUGAGACAUUCAGUGAUUUGUCUAUUACAAUGUAUUUAAUUUAUACUAUAACUAAUGGAGAGGGUUGCCACACUGAAAAAUGUAUCAAAAACAAAGCACUGACUACAAACACUGUCUUAUCCUUAAAUUAUUAUCCUUUAAUUCUACAAUGUAGUUUAAACAAUUACUUAAGGUCUUAUGAAUAAUAUAUUCUGAACAAAAAUAUAAACGCAACAUGCAACAAUUUUAAUGGUUUCACUGAGUUACAGUUCAUAUAAGGAAAUCAGUAAAUUGAAAUAAAUAAAUUAGGCCCUAAUCUAUGAAUUUCACAUGACUGGGCAAGGUCGCAGCCAUUGUGGCCUGGGGAGGGCAUAAGCCCAGCCACUUGGGAGCCAGGCCCAGCCAAUCAGAAUGAUCUUUUCCUCACAAAGGGGCUGUAUUACAGACAGAAAUAGUCCUCAGAAAUUAACAUUAAAUUCUCUGGCAACAGUUCUGGUGUGCAUUCCCGCAUUCAGCAUGCCAAUUGCACGCUCCCUCAACUGGAGACCUAUGUGGCAUUGUGUUGUGUGACACAAUUGUACAUUUUAGUGGUCUUUUGUUGUCCUCAGCACAAGGUGCACCUGUGUAAUGAUCAUGCUGUUUAAUCAGCUUCUUGAUAUGCUACACCCGUCAGGUGGAUGGAUUGUCUUGGCAAAUGAGAAAUGCUCACUAACAGAGAUGUGCAUAAAUUUGAGAAGUAUGAAAAUCAUUUGAGAAAUGUAUUUUUGUGCGUAUGGAACAUGUCUGGGAUCUUUUAUUUCAGCUCAUGAAACAUGGGACCAACACUUUACAUGUUGUCUUUUUAUAUUUUUGUUCAGUAUAUGUACCCCUUUAAUUGGAUAGUUGAAUAUCAUUUCUUUUGAACAUUCUCAUACUUGACCAGCCCUGUUUCCUCAGUGAGAGUAUGCUGAAAGACCACCAUACAGGAUUUAACAUUUUGGCUUAAGAGUUAAUGUUAUUAGUUAGUCACAUGUUACUUUUACAUGUUACAUUACUGUGUGUGUAUAGAGUUCACAUUUCACACUGCAAUUCUGUCACAUAUUCAUGGCCAUGUUAUGAAACACCCAUUUCUUUGCAUUAUCGAUGCAUCCAUUGCAUGUCCUCAGCUAAAAUGGCAACAUGAUUUAAGGGGGGAAAUAGUUUUUAGACAGUACUACUGUAGUUACAGUUAAUAAUCCAUGCAUCAACAUUUUGGAAUAUUUAUUCUUAAAUUUGCUAUACUGACAUUUGAAAAAGCACAGCGUAAGCGAAGAUGGCUACUUUCAUACUUACAGUUCACUGAUUGUGUCCAACCAUGUGUAUCUUGUUUAUUACUGCCACAUUGAUCAUGUUAAAUUCAAUGCUGCUCUAAAGUGCUUCUGUGCCGGUGUUUAGCAACAUUACUUUUGUGGCUCUUACAAGACAAUGUUAUUAUAUAAGUAGGCAGAAGUCAGUAGCCUGUUGACUACAACAUACUGAAUGAUAUAAUGGUAUGAUGCUGUAAGAUAUUUUUAGAUCACUAGAAUUAUCUGAUGUAAGUGUAAAUUAUUGAAGAAAUGAUGUUGUACUCUGUCAGAACAUCUUGCUCAUGGCAGUUUGACUUGACUUGGUUUUCUGGUACAUAAUGUGGGCAGAUUUAUUGAGCUCAUUGGGAGGUGUCAUCCUGUUUAGAUGUUUCCACUACAACUCCCUGUCUCUCUAAAGCCAGGGCAAGCCUGUGGCAGAACCCUGGCUAUGGGGCAAGACUCUGGGAGUGGCUUUUGGGAAUAAUAACCUAGAUGACUCUAUCUUCUUAUAUUUGACCUACAGUAUCUGUGAAAGAGAACUAAUACAAGAAGUGUCUCAAAGACGUAAAGGGACGGUGGCAGCAGGGGAUUGGGAAUGUUCAAAUGUUUCCAGACUGGUGUGUCAUAGGGGAAAUGGGUUGGUUCAUUGUUAUACUACCAUCUUAAACUUCAGUGUCUGUGUAUAGCAUGAACUACUGAAGCAUACAGUACAUUAUUCUCACAGGAAGUAUUUAUUUGGUUCAAUCAGCAGAGGUGCCUCCUUUUUUAAUUUAUUUCACCUUUAUUUAACCAGGUAGGCAAGUUGAGAACAAGUUCUCAUUUACAAUUGCGACCUGGCCUAGAUAAAGCGAAGCAGUUCGACACUUACAACAACACAGAGUUAAACAAACAUACAGUCAAUAAUGCAGUAGAAAAAUAAGUCCAUAUACAAUGUGAGCAAAUGAGGUGAGAACUUUGACUAUUACUUUUUUCAUUUCUGUUAUUGGAAACAGUAACGUCCUUGUCACGCAUUACCGCUUUCACAGCCUUGUUUGUGUAUCGGUGGGCAUCUUUCGCAAGACUGCAUUGUACUACACUCGAAGCAACCAUUUACCUAAACCAACAAGACUUUAAGGUGUGGAGACAUUGUAAUGAAAUGUUAUGAGUCAUAUAUAAACUUGUAUUACUGUAUUUGUAAAUUCGGACAAUUCUGAACUAUAGUUGGAAUAGAAAUAAUAAAUUGUUGGGUUUUCUGA